UGUCUUUUCCGCCUGAAGGUGCUGCCUUUGACAAGCGCCUCUGACAAAGCAUCAACAUUCAUCCCUUAUCUCGACUAUCUCCGAACCUUCGGUCGCUCUCCCCCGCCAGCACGCCAUUGUUUUUCUCCUCGGUCUGCUCUUCGGCCGACUUUCCUCUCCACCAGCUCCGUUGUUUCCUCCACGGGUCUGCCAUCCUCUGAAGAAGAAAAUCUGAUUUGCCGGACUCCCGGUCUUCUUUCCACCUUCGUCACACCUGCUCCAACAUCAGUGUGACACGGUGAUUGAGCAGACGCGCAGGCUAGCUCCGUCAGUUUGACCGGAGGCAUUCUCUUCUUUCCUGAGUGUAAACCUUGGCUCGCUUAAUUGUCCCCUGCACUAGGACCCAUCUCACGUGCAAUGCAUGAGUUCCUGUUGUACGGCCAGGUGCCGCUCGAGCGCCAUGAGCAAGUUCUCAAGAUCCUCGCCGGCAUUGCUGCAAUGCAGCCGCAGACUCUCUUUGAGAGACAUCUGAUCUACAGACCCCUGCGCUUGCCUCAGGACAGCAAACCUAACAAGAAGUUCCCUAAUAAGCCUGUCAAGCCUCAGACUCUCACUUUCCAACAUCUCAUUCGUCAGCUUGAUCUGUCCGAAUUCGGAAAAGACUCUCCAAUCCUGCUCGAGCCUGGAAGCAAUGAGAAUGUUGUCCAACCUGUAAACGCCUGGAGAAUCAAGAUUCAAGAGACACCAGAGCCAGAGACCAAGACGCUUGUUCUACGACAGGCCACCGAGACCGUGUUAGACAACGAUUCGCUGCGCAGCUUUCUCGAUCCUGCGAACAACGGGUAACUAGUUUCUUCUUGUCUAAUGCUUAGUCUGGUCUCUAAUAAGCGUAGGUUUGUGAAUGAGUUUCUUGUCGAAGGUCACAGAUUCGUGCACAAAAACAUGGUGUUGAC